AUGGCCUUUGCAAAAUCCAUAGUAACGAUGCCGAUGUUCACAAGAUCGAGAUCUCGGGGUGAUAGAGAUAGGGAUCCUACAUCAAAGAAGUGGCUAUCUGGAAUAUCAGUUGGCAAUUGGAGCUUAGGCUUAAGUUUCGAAGAUGAGGAAGAAGAAUUAGUAAAUACAUCGAAUGCCGUUAUGAUUGAUCGGUCCGAACCAGCUAUAUCCUGGAAAGCACAAGUCCUCUUAGCAAAAUACAAGUUUGAAGCAGGGGACAAUUUGGUGACCAGGAGAGAAGAGGAAGAAGAGGAAAAAGAAGAACGAGGGAACAGUGACAACGAUAACCUUGUUUUGUCGUUGAGCAAAGACUUGUCUAGACCCGAAGUAACUGUCAAAGAUUUUGAGGUCAAAGAACCAAUAUCCUCGAAAUCUACUAUUUCGGAUUGUUUAUUGGCUCGAAAAAGCGGGGAAGGAAGCGAACUCUUAUCAGACGACUUGCAGUCAGCCAUUUCUACAACAGCGAACACAGGGGCGGCAGAGAACGGUCAAGCGGAUCUCAUGACGGAUCACCAGGACAGGGAGUUUUCCAUCAAUGGUAUCGACAGCCCGGCCAAAUUUUCUAGCCGGUGUGUUGCAGUUGCGGGAGGGCGUCCUGGUGGGAGCAAGGGGCCAUUAAAGGCUGGGAUUACAGCCAAGGCAAGCCAGGGUUUUGAGGGUGGGUCGCCACGCCCACCGAUUGGGAUGCCGCUAAAUACCCCCACACAGCUGUCUUACACUAGAAACAAGGACAAGGCAGGCAGUGAGGGCGACGAAGGGGACGAAACCAUGUCAUUCUUCAAUUCGCACACCACCACUGGCCAAAGUGACCCAAAGAAGGGCUCGCCUGUCCAAAAAAAGCAUGGUGGUGGUGGUGGUGGUGAUAGUGCGAUCCAUGCCGCCGUUUUUUCUUCUUCAAAAUGCAUAACUGAUAACGGUUCUUCGUUCUCCAAGGAUACAGGUACUAGUACUUGCACUUGGAGCCUGGCCGUAGAUUGUGGAUAUUCUGUUUCUUCAUCUCGGACAGGUUUGGAGGUUUGCAUUAAUGAUACUACUAGUACUUCCCCUCUGGGUGAACGAAUAAACUGGUUAGCAAGUGGGAAUGAUAGCGACGGUACUGAUAAAAAUACCAGGACGCCCGCACCUUGUUUUUUUCAGUCUGAUCCUGUAUCGUCGUAUUCAAAAUCAGGAAAAAUUUCUACGUCUUCAUUUCUGGAAGACGCCGAGGAGAAUUCCGAGGAGGUUGGAAAUAAUUUCAAGAAGAACGAUAUCAAGAAGGACAAUUGCAGGAGAAUUCGGAUUUUCCCUUCUGCUUCUGAUACCACAACGUCGACAAUUGCGACUACCAUUCCUGCACCUACUACUUCCUGGAAAACAUUUCCCUCGAUUACUGCAAGCCACACUGAUAAUAACGGUGGCCUGCCUGUAAAUAAUAGCCAGGUCGUUAAUGUUGGAGGAAGUCGCGGCGCCGGGAUUACUCGAUUGCAUUAUAAUUAUUCUUCGCCUUAUCAACAGAGUCCAAAGUCAUCCAAGUCAGGGUCGACCCAGUCUCCUGGCCAGACUCAGACUGUGGACCUCAUCCGCAACACAGAACAGGACACACUCGGGACCUCUCCCACCACCUCUCCCAAUCCUCAACCUCAACCUCGACAUCAAAAUCAUUAUCAUCAUCAACAACUUCAACUUCAAUCUCAAUUGUCAAAUAGUUCUCUUUCAUCGGUCACUCCUUCUACACCCACACCUACGUAUACCAAAAGAAACCCUCCGUUUUUAUCAACAGUCCUUACAACCCCUUCGGCUACUCCGUUUCCAGCAAUUCCUACCUCCCCGACAGGUCACGGAGCCUCGCAUAAAGUUGGUAGCGUUCUAUUGUUGGACACUACAUCUCCUGCAUCAUCUACAGCAGCCUCUCCAAUCGAAAUCUGUGCCACUGCUAGGGAAAGCCUGCAGCCACAAGUUCAAGUUCCAGUCCCGAAAGAGUAUCAUCCACAGGGUCCGACAUCAGUUUCAGGUCCAGUUAGUCUACAGUCUGCUUCAGAAGGAGUAAAUGAAGUAGUUCGACCCGUUACCGCCUCAUCGAGUUCUGCAAGUUUAUCUGCUGGGUCCUUGGGCAGCUUCAACAUCCAUCUUUCUCCAAUCACACCCACAACACAAUCAGGAAACCUAUCAUUAUCAUCUAUUUCUGCCUCUACUUCGCCUGACAUUUUCGCAAUGGCAGCCCGUUCUGCCGCGGCCCAGAAGUCGCUUAAACGUUCAGGUGCUGCUAGGGAUCAAUAUGCACCAUUCGCCUCUAAACAUGCUAGCUAUGCCUCUCCUCCACCCCUAAUGGAUACCGCACCUUCCUCGAGUAAUUCUAGCCAGGAAUUUCAGAUGCAAAACGACAUCCACACUUUACAAACUGCUGCUAGACAACGAGAGCAAGCUGAAGUCGGCCAUCGUGGUCGUGGUCGUGCUGAUUCCGGAUCUAGGAUGCAGGGAAGUUAUGUUAAGGGACAUGGGAAGAGCGGCUCCGGAGGGAAUGAGAUCCUCGAGAGCGUUUUUGGCAUCUAUCCGGAGAAGAAGAGUAUGGGCACUGGUGUUAGUGUCGCUGAUGUCGUUGCAAGCAAGUUGUUCAAAUGGGGAUCUAAGAAAGAAGCCCCCAGUACCAUCCCCACGCCAAGUAGGGAGAAAGUUACUCUGCAACGAUCGCAAAGACAUCCCCACCAUCCGUCGAUGUUCGUAGGUGGUGUUCCACAGCAAGUCGCCCGUCCUCCAUCCUCACAUCAAGAUCGCGACCAAGAUUAUCAUCCAUCGCAAAGAGAUGACAUGCUUCACUCGCGAGCCUCCAACCUGGAUCAGGCUAAACUCGACGAACUUAUGACCAGACAGAAGCUGCUCGAAGAUAGGAUCAACCAAUUGAAGAUGGAACGGGAUCAACUUAUGGAGGCGAACAACCAACCCCCGCCACAGCCCCAACCCCUCCCGCUAAAACCCCACCAUGAGGCUGCUCAACCUCCACGCCAAAUUUCAUAUGUGCCGGUCACAAUCCAACCGCUUCGUAUUUCAUCCAAUCCUCCUGCACGGGUUCCAGAUCUUCGUCAUAGUCACUCUAUGUCUUCGGCUGUUCACGCCCGCCAGAUGGCAGAGCCUCUUGACCUCCCCAUUCAAUUCCCUCUUCCUCCCCAGCAGCCGCAAUCACAAUAUUCGCAGCCGCUUAAUUCAACAUCGCCUGGUCGCGGACGUAGCGCACGCGCUUUCCCUUCUUCAAAACACAUACAACCGCUGAAAACAACACCGAUGGCCAUUCCAUCUGCUAUCCGACAAGAUCCAGCUGCAACAUCCAUUCACUAUGCUUCUCGUCCAUUGCCUCAGCCACCCAUCGAUGCUACCCCGCCUCCAGAAUACGAGCCCCCAGAACAGUCAUAUAGCCGUCAAUACCGUGACAUGAAGGUCAAAACCGCCUCUCCAAAUUCUGGUAUGGUUAUAACACAAGACGUUAUCCUAGAAGAACCGAUUCCAAACCCAGACGACGAGAAGUACCCAGGGUCGCCAAGAGAUGAUGUCGAUGCCGAGGAUAUUCUAGGUUGGUUUGAGACUCUGAAGUUCGCGAGUACUGGGCCAAGGGGUCGAGGUCCUAUGGCACCACUGCCUCGCCCUGAAGCCGGUGACAUUAAGAUUGCUCCUAGAGGAGGAGAAAAGUCACCUGUACCUGAGAGCGCUACUACAGGAUACUUUGAUGUCAAGCUUCCUAUACAUACACAAAAGCAACACGCUACCUUUGAUAUUAAUGGAGCGAGGAAAGACUGGAACACGGGCCGAAAGAAAAGAAGCGAGCCGAAGUUGAGGGACUACCGCGAAGACAUGCGCCUCGCCGCAGUAUAG